AGCAAUCCCAAAAAUCCCGGGAUUCAUUAGACUUGACCCCUGAUAAUUUCGAGACUAAAAAAUUAUCGGGAUCCUGGGAUCGAGUUCUCUAGAAGACACAUUAAUGUACGUAUUUUAAGAGUACCGUAAAAUUAUAAGGCUAAUACAAACUAUAAAUGGUCUUGAAUGUCCUUUUCUCACUGUUGUAAAAACAGUUAUUAUAAGUCUCAUGUCAAAACUUGUUUUAACUUUCAGAUUUAUUACGUAAUCAAUAGCCGCAAAAUUACUAAACAGUUACCGGUUAUCGUAAGUAAUUGUAAUCCCUUCCUAUCGGACUUCGCAGCAUACUCACCAUUUUAUCAGUGAGUACUGAGUAGUGACACUGUCACACUGAUCCAGUUCAGUGUAGCUUGUAACGCGAUGAACGCGACUUUUGUUUCGGUAUACGGUUCCUACUUAAAUCGCGUAUUUAUUAUAUAUAUUCUAAAUUAAGAAUAUGCUUUGAAUGCACAUUUCCACAUAUAUAUCACUAUGCAACUUGAGAAUUGUUUCAAAACAAACUUUAACAAGUUGCAUUUGUGUAUAAAUUCAUUCACGAUAUAAUCUGGUGAAGUUAUAGUACAAAAAAUGAUAGAUGUAAAUAAACAAUAAUACUAAUAUGAACUCUCAUGUGUUUUAAAACAAAUAUUUCAGUGAAAAAAUUUUUGUGAAAUAGUGAAAAUAUUGAGAUACAGUUAGGUGAAGUGAAUUAAAACUUUAAAAUUGUUGUGGUUGCUUAUUAUCACCUAUGCCUAGUAAAAAGAAAAUUAAGUCUCCACAGCAGCUAUGGGAAAACAUUUCUUCAAUUUUUGUAACAUUUGUUGAGAGGAUAUUUUUUUCUCUGGGCGUGUUUGUGGCUAGGAAUCCAUGGAAGGUAAUAGCUGCAACAUGGAUAUUUGUCCUCUUAAGUUGCUGUGGACUUUACACAUUCUACUUAGAGAAGAAUCCUAUGAAAUUAUGGGUGCCUCCAGAAUCAGACUUUUAUUAUGACACAAAUUGGUACAUAGAUAAUUUUGGAACUAGUUUAAGAAUGCAGAAAUUGUUAAUUACUGCAGACAAUGUACUAGAUCCACAUGUUAUACAUUUGUUAAGCAAUAUAACAAAUGAAGUCUCAUCCAUUCAAAUUCAUUAUAAUAAUAGAACAUAUUCUAAAAAUGACUUGUGUUUUAAAGUACCUGUAGUUGCCUUUGUUAGUCCAAAUUGGAAAGCUAGAUCUGAGGUGCUUGUUAAAUCUAAUAAUAGUCAAUCUAAACUUAAACAUGACGGAUAUGAUAUAGAUUACUAUGAUCCAUCUCUCUUAGUUGACAAUGAUUUUUAUUGUAGUUUUAUUGAGAGUUUCUCACAUUCUUGUUAUCAGGAUAGUAUUGUAGAUAUUUGGAAAAAUGAUGAAAUGUUAAUAAAAAAUCUAACAAAGUCUGAUAUUAUUAAAAAUGUUAAUGAGGUGAAAAUAAAUCCUGUUACUGGCCAUUCUGUUGAUUAUACAAAGCAGUUAGGGGGAGUUGAGCGUGAUGAAAAUGGUCUAAUAGUGUCAGCCAAGUCAGUACUGAUUACUUGGUAUAUGUAUGUUAAUAUGUCAGAGGUUGAUCUCAAUGAAGUAGGAAACUUAGUUGGUACAGAAGACUGGGUGACAGUCCCAUUAGCCAUGUGGGAGAAAAAAUAUUUAAAAUAUGUGAGUAAUUUAUCAUCACCAAAAAAUAUAAAGUUUUUUUAUGAAACAGGAGGAAGUUUCGCAGAUAUAAGUGGUGAAACAAUGUUUAAUGACAUGGAUAAACUAUCUAUAGGUAUUAUGUUAAUGUUUUUUUAUGUUGUGAUGGCAGUUUCUCGCUUCAAUUGGCUAGAGAUUAGGUUGACAUUAGGUGGUGUAGGUUUACUGAGUGUUGGUAUGGCAUAUAUUACUACUGUGGGCUGGUGUUCCUUGAUUGGUAUCCCAUUUGGCCCUGUUCACUCAUCAUUACCAUUUCUUCUUAUGGGCCUGGGAGUAGAUGAUAUGUUUGUGAUGAAUGCAUGUUGGAAAAUAGUUUUGCAAUCAGAGUCACACCGAAGUAUUCCUGUUAAAGUAGGUCAUAUGCUGAAGCAUGCAGGUGUGUCAAUAGUAAUAACAUCCUUCACAGAUAUUGUUGCUCUAUUGAUAGGUGCCAUAACAAUUCUUCCUUCUUUGAAAUCCUUCUGUAUCUAUGCUGCAGUUGGUGUAUUUUUCAUAUUUUGUUAUUCUGUUACUUUUUUUGUUGCAGUUUUCACAAUAGACAUAAAAAGGAUUCGUGACAAGAGAAAUGGAAUUAUAUUCUGUUAUAAACAUAAUAAUGAUGUCAAUGUAUCAUCAAAAACUACAUUUUUCCAAAAGAUUUUAGAAAGUUUCUAUAAAAAUAUUGUUUUUACUAUUCCUGGUAAAGCCACAGUCAUCUUAUUUGUUUUAAUAGUAACAGGUGUUAAUAUAGCAGCUGUAUUAAAAUUGGAACAAAAGUUUGACCAAAAGUGGUUUAUUCCUGAUGAUACUUAUUAUAAACAAUUUUUGAACACCCAUGAGCACUACUAUCCUGAUGAAGGUUAUCCAGCUAUGGUUUUUUUAGGAGAUAUGGAUUACUAUAAAGAAUUUAAUAAUUUGUACAACAUGAUACAGGAUUUACGGAAUGAAUCAUAUGUUACUGAUGUUGUCACAUGGGUAGAAACUUUUCAUGGAUAUGUCUUAAAGAAUUUUAACCACAACUUACUGAAUUCAAGUUCUAUUACAGAAGGCCAAUUUCUAAAUUAUUUGUCAAGAUUUAUAUACAGUGGAGUUGGAGGUAGAUUUCAAGUAAAUUUUAAAUUUUCGGGGCCACAUGCUUGUGGUAAAGCUAUUGAUAAUAUAAGGGCCACAACAUUAUCUUUUAGAUUCACAAGUUUCAAGGGUCCUCAGGAGUAUAUACCCGCAAUGAAUCAUGUUAAAGACAUUGUAAAAUCUGCAUCCAUAGCUACUGGUGAUGGGUACCGGAGCGUCUGGUCCAAGGCCUUCGCAAAUUGGGUCACUGACGAGAUUAUAGCUGUUGAAGUGGAGAGAAACAUAGAACUAGCAUUGCUUUGUGUCAUGCUCUGCACUGUGAUAUUAAUUACAAAUCUUCAAAUGUGUCUAUGGAUAUUCAUUUGCGUUUUACUCACAAUUGUAAAUGUAUUAGGAGGAAUGCAACAGUGGGGUAUGACAGUUGAUAUCGUGUGUUGCAUUGGUCUAGAACUUGCAAUUGGUCUUUGUGUUGAUUAUGCUGCACACGUUGGGCAUACAUUUUUAACUAUGACCCAAGGCGAUCGUGGCGAGAGAGCAUACAACACAGUCACAUCUAUCGGCAGCGCAGUUCUGCUAGGCGGUGGUUCGACUUUCCUUUCUUUAUCUCUUCUAAGUAUGUCGAAAGCGUAUACAUUUCAAUCUUUCUUUAAGAUAUUUUUGCUGGUAAUAAUAUUUGGUUUAUUUAAUGGCUUGUUAUUUCUACCUGUCGUUUUAUCAUUAAUAGGUCCAGCACCUUACAAAAGUCGCGAUGAAAACGUUUUGGAAGCUAUAGAACUAAAUGGUAAAACUCCUGACAAUAAAAAAAUGUUAGCUAAGCGAGUAGAGUCUUGAUCAUUAAGAAACAUCUAAAUUAUUAUAUUUCCUUACAAUAGUUUCGGUUAUAUUAUGUAUUUUUUUUUUGUAAGCAUAACACUAAUGUUUAUAUGUAAUAUGAUUUAGAUUAUAUAUUUUUAUAACAUUAGUAACAUUGUUUAUAAAAUAUAUAUAAGUCAUAUAAUUGUAAGUGCCUUAUAAGUUAUAAGUUUAUAACCAUGGACCAUUGCUAUUAGUUUUAAUAUUAGUCGUAGGUUAUCUAUGUUAUCUUAAUUCAAAGGAACAAGUCAUAAUAAAUGUUACCAGUAGUAAAUACAAACUUAUUUAUUGUGUUCAACUCAACCAUUAAAAUAUUUUACUUAGUCUGGGUAUAAAGUAAAAUGUUGGAAUAUUUUUAUUAUUACGAUUAUAAAUUUUUGGCAAUGUAGGAGUUGCUGGAUGUGAAAUGCCAGUAAUUAUUCCUUCCAUCUUUUGUAACAUCCAUUUUUUCUAGGAUUUUUAAUAAUAAUUUAUCAUAACAAUAUACUCGUGUUGAAAAUUA